AUGAGGCCAUAUGUCUCAGUGGAGAGCUCGUACAGUGAUGAUCACGACAUGGACAAGAACCAAGCAGACAUCAUUCUUUUCUUUUCCCAGGUGCCUCUGUGGUCAAGUUUGACAAACAGUGUAGAUCUGACUCCUCCUCAGACAGAGAAGCUUUUGCAAUUUUUAAGGAGUGUACCUGGGUUUGAGCUUUUGGAUAGUUCUGACCAGAACACUCUUCUGUCCAGCUCUUCAGUUGAAGUCAUGUUCCUACUCUUAGCUCAGCAGUUCUCUGAGAACCCCACUACUGUUAGCACUGCUUUAUACUCAGCAAAUUUGAAUAACUCAAACCCUGAUUGGGUGAGAACUUCAGAGUCCAAGACUGGGAUCAGGACAUUGACACACUCAGGGUUGAAUGAUGAGUUCUUGAGGUCUGUGGUAAAUUUCCUCCACAGCAUGGAGACUAUUGCGGUAACGGAGGCUGAAUAUGCACUUCUAACAGCGACUGCAGUGUUAUGCUCAGACAGGCCGUCUCUGCGUGCGGUGGGCUGUGUUGAGAACUUACAGGAGUUUGUUUUGGAGCUCUUGUCCCGAGCUUGCUGCUGCUGUAGUCAGGGGACGGCACAAGACCCGCGACGCUUUGCUAGGCUCCUGGGACGGUUGACAGAGCUGAGAACACUACGACACAACCACCUCACCCUUCUCCCACAGCAACCCUGGGGCAUGCAGUCUUGAGACAGCCUUUAGGGAGAAAGAUUUAUGACAUCUGAUCUCUGUUGCAAUACACUUUUAAUUUUUGCCCAGAACAAUAUCCUAGGUCAGUGUACUUUUGGUUACCCAUGUGCAAACAUAGUUUAGUUUAAUAAAAAAAUAAAACCAAUGUAAGCUCCAUGAUGUGAUGAUUUCUUAU